AUGACCCUCACCGACCCAGCAACCGGCCAGCAACUGCCAGACUCCGCCAUCCAACGCGUCCUCUUCGUAACCCCCACCGUCCACGUCUACGGGAUCCCGCCCAUAACCAGCACCAAAGGCUUCCUCGCAUCCUCCUGGACCUCGCCCACCCAGCCCACCGCACAGCAAAUCUUCACUGCCCGAUUACGCAUAAUAGAGACGUCCAUCGAGGGCAAGAUCAAAGCGGAUAUCGUGCUGGAAGAUCCUAAGAGUGGGGAUCUGUUCGCCGCGGCGCCGUACACGAGUACGGCGGCGGUACAGCAGGCGAAUGAUAGUAGUCGGUUCUUUGCGUUGAGGGUGGUGGGGGAGGGGGCCAUGAAGGCUACGUUGGGAAUUGGAUUCGAAGACCGGAGUCCGGCCUUUGAUUUUGGGAUUGCGUUGGGAGAGGUGACGAAGGUGUUGGGCUUGGAGGGGAAUGCUGGUACUUCUGGGCCAGCGAGUACGAAGACGAAGGGGAAUGUGGAUGAAGAUAGCAAGAAGGAUUUCAGCUUGAAGGAGGGUCAGACGAUCAAUAUUCAGGUUGGGUCUAGAGGACGACGAGCAGCUCCUGCUGUUGGGACUGCUAGCAAUCAGGACGAGAACGCGGCAUUGUUCUCAAUCGCCCCUCCGCCAGGUGCUGCGAAGCCGCAGAAUGAUUUCCCUCCCAUUGCGCCGCUUUCUGCUGUGGAGGGGAAGUCCGCGCAGGAGUUGGGAUUUGAUGAUGGCGAGUUUGGGGAAUUCCAGUGA